UGCCCGAGUCGGAAACCGAGGUCGUGCUACAACAAAAUGAUGUCACGGCCGAGCGUCAACAAUCGAGCAAAUCUACUUCAAGUUACGACCUGUGCCCUACUGUCCUUAUUUCCCCUUCUUUCUAUCCUUGCAGGUUCAUAUCCUCACAAGCCUGAGUUCAGUCCCAAGGUCCCCACUUUAGUAUGGUGGCGAUGCGCGACAAGUACGCCCGCUGGAUGUCGUUCUGGCCCCUCUCCUUUAGCUCCAGGCUAGGGAGAUACGAAAGACCAAGCAGACGGAAACUCAAAUUAAUUAAUUAAUGCACUCCCUCAAACCCGUGGCCAUGCGAAUCCGGCGCAUAUUCGUUGGAGCGACUCAUCGGACGUGGUGCCUUUGCGAAAGUAUACAUGGCAACAUGUCCCAGGGCAGCGAACACCGUCGAGCGCGUCGCUCUGAAGGUCAUGGACCUAGAACAGGUCACAGCAGAGAUCACUGAAAUCUCGAAAGAAGUCCAGAUGAUGCGGAUGUGUUGUCACGCAAAUGUGUUAUGUUGUCAUGCCUCGUUCGUUAGUAAGAGCGAGCUUUAUUUGGUUAUGCCAUUAAUGGAGAAAGGGUCGUGCCUUCACAUAAUGCACGCUGCCAAACAACGUGGCCUUGGAGAGGGCAUGUCAGAACAAUGGCUUGGAUACGUCCUCUUGGAGGUAUUACAUGGUCUCGAAUAUCUCCAUGAAAAUGGUCACAUUCAUCGUGACAUUAAGGCAGGCAACGUGCUUCUCGACCCAGCAGGAAAUGUCGCACUUGCAGACUUCGGUGUGUCGUCUUGGCUUGUCCAUGCUGGCUUGCGCCGACGUACAGCGAAAACGUUCGUUGGCACUCCGUGUUGGAUGGCACCGGAGGUUAUGGAACAGGUUGAUGGAUAUGAUUACAAGGCUGAUAUAUGGAGCUUUGGUAUUACCGCCCUAGAGCUUGCGAAGGGUUUUGCACCGUAUGCAUUCCACCCGCCCAUGAAAGUACUGUUGCUUACAAUCCAAGAAGAACCGCCUUCAUUGAGGAGUUACUCGACAGAAAAGUCGAGUAGAGGUGAGUCUUUCUCGCGCUCUUUCAAGGAGAUGGUACGAAUGUGCUUGCAAAAAGAGGCUCGUAAACGCCCUACGGUGCACACCCUGUUGAACAGCAAAUUUUUCAAAACCAAGCGAUCCGUGACUCCACUGGUGGAGGAACUUUUGAACCUUAUUGGAAACAUAUCGGUGGAUGACGAAUCAACUGUAUUUAACGAGCGAGGUGUGGGCACGUUGCCUGUGAAUACUCCUUCUGCAAAGAGUGAACUUCUCACGUGUCCACAUAAUAUCAUGACCCGCCCUUGCGGUUUAACCUCCGAUCGAGGACCCGAAUAUAUUAUCGAUAACUCAAACAUCUCACGGAAAGAGUUCGCGAAUUGUACAGAGGAUAAUCAAGUGUCAACUCCUACGCUUUGUGCAGCACAUCAUUCACCAAGUUCACGGGGUGAAAGUGGCGAGUUUGUGCGAGGUACCACAUGGACGUUCGAUGAUGGUCACGAGGUGGUGCUUAAGUCGGAAUCCUUCAUUCGGCGUGAGAUUGAUGCGAAGUGUGCUCAGGACGACCAGGAAUGCGAAGCGAUUUUUGAUGAUCUCGAGGAUCUAAUGAAUCAACGUGGCGGGGAAUGGGACUUCAAAAAGAACCAUGACGUUACUGCCAACGAAGACCAAGCGGCAGAGGGUAAUGGAAAUUAAUUGCGCUCUAUGCUUCGUUCUCGGCCUUCUGGAAAUAGGACCCUGGGCAGGCUAUGGCAUUUUUAAGCGCAGUGAAGGACUGUGUCAGAGAGUCGUAAAAAAGGCCCGCAUGUCGAUCCUAAAGUUCUAUUCGAUUUAUUCCUGGUUUGCCCUGGUACAACUUAUGGCACCUGCCGUUGCAGCUGCGCGUUGCGCGUGCGGGUUGUUGCGGGCAUGCCCCGGUCCGUGGUGCUUGUGCGAUUUUUUCUGCUGCAUGUCGUGUUGGUUGGUGGUAAUUUCGCGCGGUAGUGCUGCCCGCAGACGGCCGGCCCACUCGAAAUAAGUAAGUAAGUAAGU